AUGUCGCUUUUUGGUUCCAAGCGGCGGCGCCCUCCCAACUCGCAGCAACCGUUGACGUCCAGCACAGCGCAUUCGGAUGCUGCGACCGCUGCACUAUCGGCAUUCUCCUCUCUUCAGCAUCGCCAGUCCUCGCCUUCGCUGUCCGAGGCCGCCGCAGCUGCCGCCCUCAAGGCCCGACCACACACCCCGACCGAUGUUUCAAGUGUUGUCCCCCGGCGACGUGGUCGUCGCGCCGGAUCGGCCAACUCGUCUCACGGUACGGCGAGCCCGCAUCCGUCGCUGCGUCGCUCUUUGAGCUCGGGUUCUAUGGGCGAGCGCACCUUCAGAUCUCCCAGCCCUCAUGGCCGUCAGCCACAGGGCUCUUCGGGAACAAAUGGCAACGGAGUGGCGCAUUUGGCCGAUUACGAUAGCGCCCCUCCGGUCCCUUCGAUCCCUGAAAGUGUCCAAGCGCUCCCAUCAUCGAGAGACCAGAAGCGACACCAAGGAUCUGGGAGUGGACGCACUUCUGCGCCGCCUGUACGCCUCGCGUCACAGAAACUAAAGGAUGGGGGCCAAGGAACUUGGUUCGGAGGCCCUGCUGUUGGAGAUCUGGCAAACGUAAGGACUUCGGAUUCGCUGGUGUUAUCUACAUCUACUCCUCACUCUCAAGAUGCCACCACGAGACCAGAAAGUCGGACAUCAGUAAAUUUCUCGUACCCGGCACGCCAACGUGUUGGCUCGCCCCCAGCCACGCCGUUAGCCGAGGAAGCGCCUUUGGCAUCGCAGCCGCGCCAGCACACGAUUGCUUCAGAUACCGAUCACGACGGACACGGUCGAACAAGGAGUAAACGUGCCUCCGUUACAACCUCUCCCCCUCCCAGACAGUCCACUCCAAGACAGCGGCCCUCCUCAAUGCCGGAUGCCCAAGAACUUGUAUACGAUCCCAACUCGCGUCGAAUGGUAUCCAAGGCAGAACUUCAGGCACUCGAGCAGAUACUAAACGGAGUAGAGCCCAGGCAGGCGCCGAAACAGAAAAGACCGACGAGGGCAGGAAGUCAUCUUGCGAAAGGAACAUUAGGCAGGGCACAGGGAUCUGCGGUACCAGCCACGAGCGCGGCAACGGCUGCUGCGAAUCAUUCGAGUACAUCCAAGUCUUUGAAUGUGGAACAGACCACUGCUCGGUUGUCAAACUCGACUCGCCCCACUGCGCCUAUAUCACUUGCAUCGACGGAACACCCCCAAGAUGCUGAUUCGGUCAGGGAUGACACUGCAGAAGCCAAGCCACGCUCGAGGCAUUAUGUGCAACAUAGCCAGGACCACAUUAUCAAUCCAGCAGGCCCUGGAUCCGAAGUUCAAGCCGAGAAAAAGCCAAAUUCGCCUCUCCCAAGCUUGGAGACCCGAUAUCAGGAGCGCAUGCAAAGUCCUCCCGCUGUCCAGCAUGUUGUCCAAACAGAUGCCCCGAAACAGCCUCAGCCAGAGCCUCCGCGUGUUACUUCGAACGUUCUUGACUCUGUUACCUCGAGACAGCAUGUCCACACACGGCCGGAACGGGCAACCCCCGUGUCAGCAGUCGACGAGGACCGAUAUACAACAGAGGUAUCCCCACGGCCACGACAACCAUUUGCAGAAAGAGUGGAUAAAGGUGAGACAAAUGAAGGCAAGUUCACUACGACGGACGCACAAUCUGCGCACGCCGAGAAAUUGAGGAGUCUUUCCACAAGUCCGGUGCGUGUUGCCCACUUUGGGCCGGUUCAAAGAAAUCUGUCAGUUAGGCAUUCGCCGCCUCCCCGGUCAAUCAGUCCCAGGAAGUCCGCCUUGAAGCAACACAGCUCCCCCAGGGACGGCUCCCCAAGAGGUGCGUCUUCGGCCGAUGAUGCAUCGGAAAUCGGCGCUCCAAAUAUGCCAAGCGAGACCCUGGCCGAAAGAAAGAAGUCUGCUAGGGUCAGCUUCGAUGAUCGGGACUUGGUUCUGGAUGACAGCGACUCAUCGGAUGUAGCAAUUCCGCAAGCUGAAUUGCCCAAGGAAACCAAAACAAGCCCGGCAAACAAUCGACGGAAGUGGUUCAGCAAUAUAGGCAGGAGCAAGAGGAAGGAUGAUGCCAGCUUUGACGAUGAUGAGGUCAUGAAGCCUCGGCCGGCACUCCCGUCAUUCGGUAGCGUGAGGGCCGAAAAGAAGAAGCACGUUGAAGAGGUUGAAAGACCCCUGGUCACACCAUCCGAGCUCACUUACUCCCCAUCUUUGCCUGACUCGCCGUCUAUGCAGUCACUUGUAAGUCCUGUCAACGAUCAGCGUGGCGAUGUGCCACAGGGCCAGUCUACAGAUCGCGCUAUCGCGCCAGUCAUUGCCACGGAUUACGCAUCGAGGUUUCCAGCCAACACGUCGAGAUAUAGGGAGCCUCUUCCGCCUGUGGUGACAUCUAGAGACGGCGGAUAUCUUUCCAUGUCUAGUGACAGCACCUCAGAGAGUGACCUGGAGUCACUCAAAGACACUCCUACUCUCUCAACGCAACAUAGCGCUGCUACUUCGGUGCCCGAUGUCGAGUCCGAGUUGAUGCCAACCAAGCUAGCCACCGUGCCGGAGACUUCCGGCGAUAUUUCUAGCCCCCCUUUGGUUCACUCACAGAACGCGCAGCAGCCGAGUGAGGGUAUCAAAGUGGAAUCCAACAACUCAAGUCCGAUUCCAUCCAUCUCCGUCACAGAAGCAAGUCCGACUCCUGCCCAAGAGCAAAGAACCGCCAAAGAAAAGUUGGAUUUACCAGGUGGCUUCCCUGACGAGGACUCUGACGACACAAUUCAGGCAACGUCUGAGCUCGUCAUGGACAAGGUCAACGAACCGCUCACAAGACAGACGGUCACGGAGCCCGUGGUUCAGAUGUUAGACUCGACCAAAACCGAGCAUACACCAGCAACGGUCUCAGCCAUGACUACACCCGUCCAGGAUGAUUCUGACAGCGAUGGGACGAGUAUUUACAGCGAUGCCUACGAGGACCUAUCUGACAUUGAUGAGACUGGCUUCCAGUCGCUUGAUGCUGUUGUAGACAGCCCAGUCUCGGCUGGAGUAGGCAGAAGCAUGAAUCAAACGACAGAGUUUCCUCCAAAGCUCUCUGUGGAAAAGAGCGGUGUAAGCGAAGAGAACAACCCAUCAGGUCCUGUCACUUCUCCCGUGGAUGACUGGGAAGCUGCCAAGGCCUACUGGAGGAGUCUCACAGCCGAUAAGAGAGCGCAGCUGGAGAGAGAGGCCAAUGAAGAGGCCGGUGCCGAUGCCGAUCUGGAGCAGGAGGCCCGAGAUGAGCCCAGGAAGCCACGGCGCAAAAAAUCCGUGGAGAAGAGGCAGGCUGAGAAGCAGGCAAUCUUGGAGGCACAGAGGGAUCCCGAGAGAACCUACAUGAUUAAGCCCGGGACCAAAGUUCCAGAUGAGAUUCCUCUUCCGAGCAACUCUGUCUUGAGAAAAAGUAUGCGCCAGAAAGCCCUUGAGGAGGCAGCCCCGGUUUCUGUGGGCAUGAGCGGUCGGCUGAGAAAGUCGAUGCGGACCACGACUCAGCCACCAGAGCCCGCGGUGCAAGCCCCAGCACAGAAAACAAAGCUACAGCGUGCCCCGGCUCCAACGCUUUUGACAACGACCCAGGCCGCUGCUGGAGCGGCGCACCGAGCUCACCAGCCAGCCAGCCCUACUGCAACAUCCCCUCCCGCACGUAGCGGAACCAUGACGAGUUUCUUCCCGCCAGUACUCAAGCGACGUGGUUCAACUUCGAGUGAGAGCAGUUUCAGACGAAGCGCAACCAGGAGGGCCACGAACGGGUCUUCGGCUGGCGACUCUGGGGGCUUCUUUCUUCGAAGGACAAUGCGUGGGUCAUCAACGGCAGAGCAAACAGAGAGCCCCUCGACGAACCCACGUCUCUCGAUGAGGAGUGCCUCUCCAGGAGAUUCAAUGCGUGGCUCAAAAGCACCGCCACCACCUGUCAGUAUGAACGGCUCAAGGAUGAGAACGUCGCUGCGUGACGCUGGCGGCAAGUCGAAACUAGGAGCCAAAUCUGGGGGUGGCAGCAGCAUCAACCUUUCUUCAUUUGGGCUCAAAUCAAAGACCAAGAGCAGGGGUUCUGGGUCUAGGUUUGGUGACUCGAGCGACGAUGACGAUGCUGGAGGCGGAGGCUUCCGCAGCCGGUUCGAGGAUUCGAGCGAUGAUGAGAUUGCCGAUGCUGCGCCAAAACCCCAUACAGGCCUGGGCGCCAAGAGCAUGCGCACUGGUAAAUCUAACGCUGCUGCAUCUCGUGCGUCGGCUCGGCCUCAGGCCGUGCAGGAAGAAUCGCCCGAUCUACCUGAUAGCAGUGAUGGUGAGUUGACAGGUCGUGGGACUGGAGCCGCGGUCUCCCGGGCUGGUUUGAUUUCCGUCACCCGGCCCACGCGGCAGGCUUCUACCGUUGUGGGAUCAUCGCUUCGACGAUCAGGAUCGGGUCGUGACUCUCUUGGCAAUGCGCAGGCCCUUGGCACUUCGCUCAUGAGGAAUGGGAGCGGAAGCGGCGGUGGUAGCGGAAACGGCAGUCCUUUGAACUCGCCGCCACGCAGCCCGACGAACCGACGGGGCAGCUUUAUGGCCGCUGUGCUCGGACGGAGGAAAAGCUCCGCACCGUCUUCGCCGAUUCAGAGGGGGGAACUGAUGGACAGUGCCGCCCGUCGGGAUACGGCGCUGGAAAGGAGCCCAGCCGAGCUGGCUGCGAUGCGUGGCAGUUCGGGCGCAAAGCUGCAAAGGCGGACGACAGGGCCCACGGGGCUCGAGGCCGAGCAGUGGCCGCUUGCCACGCCUAGCCCAAGUGAAGAGCAGCAGAACGGGCUCCGAAAUUCUGAGCGGCCGGCGUCGGCGGGAAACCUGUUGACCGGUAGCCACAGGCCAGGAAUACUCAAGAACACGCGGAGGACAAUGUCGAACGGGGACAGGGUCGUCGGUGCGGUUGGUGGUGGCGACGGCGGGGUUGUGGUUGUACAUGGCGACAACGUAGACGAGGUCGUCCCGGUUGUCGGAGGCGAGCAUAUCCCAUCCAAGACCAAGAAGAAAAAGUUUGGAGCGCUGAGAAGGAUGUUCCGCCUGGACGAUUAG